AAUAUCUCUAACCUUACAUGCCUUGGGGUUUGAUUUUGGAAUCAUAUAGUUCAAGAUUAAUCCAAUCACAUCCACGGACGAAGACAAGUAGGCGGCGAUCGAAGCAAAGCGAAGCGAGGCCAAAAAAGAAGAGAAAAAGGUAAAAGGAAUCAUCUCAAAUUGGCGCGCCCUUCGGCUUUGCUUCUUCUUCUUCCUCCCCUCUCUCCCCUCCUCAGAAACCCUAGAGCCAGCUUACCCUUCUCUUCCUGCUUUUGUGGGCCCAUGGCGUCCUCCAUACUCUCCAGCCGCUGCUCGCUGUCGUCGCCGGCGGGGGCGGUGGCUCGAGCUCUGGCCCCGCCCCGGAUGACCCUCGCCUGCCGAUUCCAGUCCUCGGUUCCGAUGCCGUUGGGAUCGAUGGCGGUCCGGUCGGUCGCCUCGCGGAACUCAAGUCUAUCUGCCGUCGCUCCGGAAACUUCUGCUAAGGUUAUCGAUGGGAAGUUGGUAUCGGGCCAAAUAAAAAAUGAGGUUGCUGCAGAGAUAGCAAGGAUGAAGGACACAAUUGGCAUUGUUCCGGGCCUGGCUGUAAUUCUAGUGGGUUCAAGGAAGGACUCUCAAACAUAUGUCCGGAACAAAAAGAAAGCUUGCAAGGCUGUGGGUAUCAAUUCUUAUGAAGUCAAUUUGCCUGAGGACUGUACGGAAGAGGAAGUUCUAAAGCAUAUUGCAAUUUUCAAUGAUGAUUCAUCAGUUCAUGGAAUUCUUGUCCAGUUACCUCUGCCUCGUCACAUGAAGGAAGAGAACAUAUUAAACGCUGUCAGUAUUGAGAAAGAUGUGGAUGGGUUCCAUCCACUCAAUAUUGGUCGUCUUGCUAUGCAAGGUAGGGAUCCUCUAUUUGUUCCAUGUACUCCAAAAGGAUGCAUGGAAUUGCUGCAUAGGUAUGACAUUGAGAUAAAGGGGAAAAGAGCUGUUGUGAUUGGCAGAAGCAAUAUUGUCGGAAUGCCUGUUGCACUAUUAUUGCAGAAAGCAAAUGCAACUGUCAGCAUGGUACAUUCUUACACCAAAAAUCCUGAGGAAAUUACAAGUCAAGCAGAUAUAAUCGUUUCAGCUGCUGGAGUCGCUAAUUUGGUGAGGGGUAGCUGGAUAAAGCCUGGUGCUGUUGUGAUAGACGUUGGAAUCAAUCCUGUUGAUGAUGCUGAAAGCCCCCGAGGUUACAGAUUGGUUGGUGACAUCUGUUAUGAAGAGGCUUGUGAGGUGGCUUCUGCUAUUACACCAGUCCCUGGUGGAGUUGGUCCAAUGACCAUUGCAAUGCUCUUGUCGAAUACACUAGAAUCAGCUAAAAGGAUUCAUAAUUUCAAGUGAUACUUGCAAUUUUGCUGAUCUAGUUAACAUGCAUAAAUUUAUACAUCUACUUCUCUUUUUUGAAGUGUUAAGAAAUCUGAAGAUGAGGAUAGUGUUUGAUUCCAGGACCUUGUUAUAAAAACAUUUACUGAUGUCAUGUGAAUUAUCAUGCUCAAUGUAUUUGGUCUGGAAAAGCAAUUUUUUCAGACUCCAGAUAACAGCUUA